AAGGCGGCUUCACGAGGAUUCAGUCGGUGCGGGGUAGCCACCCUCUCCCUGGGGUUCCAGGCGGCAGCGUGAAACUUGACCUUUAUCAGGCACAUCGUCUCUUCCAUUUUUCUCUUCGCUUUAAUAGCUACCGAGCUCAUGCAAUAUGCAAGAGAUGGCUGCCUCAUCGCGACCGCGACACGGGAGAGAACUGUGUCUUCUCUCGCUCGACGGAGGCGGUGUGCGAGGAUUGUCAUCGCUCUGCAUCCUCGAGGAGUUGAUGCGCAAGGUAGAUCAGAAGAACCCGCCGAAACCAUGUGACUACUUUGACAUGAUAGGGGGCACAAGCACUGGAGGCCUAAUAGCAAUCAUGCUCGGACGCCUGCACAUGAGCAUCCAAGAGUGUCGCGCUGCCUACCGCGAACUAUCCGACGAAGCUUUUCGAGUCAAGGAAUACACUCGGGUUGUAACAGCUACAACCUAGGAUCAACAACUCAUACGGUUCACGGUCACCUACGUACAGACUUGGAGUUGCUGGCAUAGUAGCUGCCUACAUGCCUAGCCAGUUACAACUUCUACAGAGAGGGGU